ACGGAUGCGAGCUGCUGUUAAAAUCCGAAGAAGAAGAAGAGCUAGCAGAACGAAGAGACUUUUCCUCAGAGUUGAUGUUUGAGUCUAGUCUGCGAUGUGCGAUAGAUUUGUAAAACCAGGUAAUCAGGAGCACGGGUGGAACGACCCGCCGCAGUUUUCAUACGGCUUGCAGAAGGAUUCAGGGGGACCAAAGCGAAAUGUUCUCAAUAAGAGGGUUCACGCGCCGCAGUUCACAGGCUCUGGAUCAGAGAUGCCAUCCGCAGCAGUGGCGAUGCCAACGCCGCCCCGGGGAAUGAACCCUCCUCCGAUGGACAGCAGCACCCCGCCCUCCGUCUGUCCCAAAACUCCCUCCGACGGACAGAUGGAGGCAGAGCUGGACACAGAGCCGUCCUUUGAGGAUGUGCAAGAACCACUUUAUGGAGCGCUGAACGCAUGCAGACAUACUGUAAAGAAACAGAUUUGUGAUGAUGUGGAAAGACGUCUGAAGCUUUUUGAGGACAUGUGGAAAAGUGGAAAACUUUCUCCUUUGGUUAAACGUAGGAUGCAUAGAUUGUCCCAAGACCUGAAAAGAAAAAACUGGGAUGCAGCGGAUGAGAUCCACAGAGGCCUGAUGGUGGACCACGUUGCUGAAGUCAGUCAGUGGAUGGUUGGAGUCAAGCGUCUCAUCGCUGAAGCUCGGAGCCUGAACCCAGAACAAAACACCUGCACUGAUCCAGGCUCAUGAGGAUCUGCGAUGUCCUUUCCUUUCGAAACCCACGCUGCAUUAUAGAAGCUGCCAAAGUGAUUGGAGUUCCACUUGUGUAUUAUCCUUCUUUAAAAAUGUGCUCAUUCCCAUCUACAUCAUCUAAUAUUACUUUUUUUCUAGAUUGGUGCUGGGAAAAAGUCUUCAUUUAUUAUUCAACAACAAUUGAAAAUAAUGUAGGUAUGAAGUGUUAAUACUGUAUAUAAAAAUUCUGCUUUUAAAAGGGGUGAUUAUGAAUUAUUUUAGCCAGUUGCACAGAUUAUAUAUAUAUAUAUAUAUAUAUAUUAUCUGGUAUUAUAUAUCUAAUUGGCUGUCCUGGCAUGUUAUCUUGAAAAAGCUUUCCAUUGUGAUGUGCAAUAAAAUAGGCAAAAAAAUCUAACUGUUGUAGCCAGUAUCACAUGCACACAUUAUCCAUAGCUCAAAACAACAAAGAUAAAAGCAUUUUUGAUGUUAA